AAUCAACGUUGAAUAAGAAUGACGUUGAUUGAUGACAUUUAAACGUCAUUUAUAGAUAAUGAGUUAUCUUUAAAAUUAAAGAUGGCUAAAAAUGGUCCAAAUGCUAGACAACGACAAACCAAUGUUUCUACAUUCGAUUCUAAAAAAGAUUUACAAAAAAAGAAUAAAUCUGCUCAAAAUAAACAAGCACAAAACAAGCAAAAUACCUCGAAAUUAAAGAGUGAAUCGGAUACCGGUGGUUUAAUAUUCCCUGGAGGUGAUACAGCUUUUAAAGCUCUGUUAUCAGCACGCUUUUGUUCAGCUAUUUGGUGUCAUAUAACAGAUUGUGAUGAAACUUUUAAUUAUUGGGAACCAUCACAUUUUUUAGUUUAUGGAAAGGGUUUACAAACAUGGGAAUAUAGUCCAGAGUAUGCAUUACGCUCAUACGCUUAUCUUCUGGUGCAUGCGGCCCCUUUGUAUAUCUACGAACAAAUUUUCCAUCCUAAUCCAUUAUUACUGUUUUAUUUAACACGAUGUUUGUUGGGCUUGGCUAGUGCCCUUUCUGAAGUUUAUUUUUACAAAACAGUAUGUCGUGAGUUUGGAGUGCAUGUUGGUAGAUUAACAUUUGUAUUCCAAUUGUUUUCUGCUGGCAUGUUCAUAUCAUCUUCAGCGUUCUUACCGUCAACAUGGUCCAUGUACUUGAAUACUGCUGCCAUGGCCUCCUGGUGGCAAGCACGUUACCCAUUAGCUAUCUUUUUCACUGCUUUAUCAUCUUUGUUAGGAUGGCCGUUUGCAGCAUUACUAGGUGUCCCAAUCGCUUUCGAUAUGAUAUUUCUAGAACGUAAAUAUAAAUUAUUUGUACAAUGGACAUUAAUAUCAGCGAUCACAAUCUGUGGACCAAUGUUUUUAAUUGAUUCAUAUUAUUAUGGUAGAUUUGUGAUUGCACCCUUUAAUAUUAUUAAAUAUAAUAUAUUUAGUGACCAUGGACCAGAUCUGUAUGGUACUGAACCCUACACAUAUUAUUUAUACAAUGGUUUCUUAAAUUUUAAUAUUGUUUGGAUUUUAGCAUUGCUAACACCAGUUGCAUUAAUAAUGUCAUAUUUUUUGAUACCAGCUAAAAAGAGUGGCACUUAUAGUCGACCUUAUUAUUUAUCAUUAGCACCAUUAUAUUUAUGGCUUCUAGUCUUUUUUUUACAACCACACAAAGAAGAAAGAUUUUUAUUUCCUGUGUAUCCAAUGAUCUGUUUAUGUGGUGCAAUUACAGCGGAUAUUAUACAAAAAUUAUGGUUCCGUAUCCAAUCGUUAUUGAAAUCGGUUCAAAUUGGUACCCAUUAUUUGGAAAAUACAUCAUUUAUUAUGAUCAUUAUUGCUAUUAUUUCAGCAUUGUUCAGUAUCUCCAGAAUAUUGGCGUUAUAUCAAAACUAUCAUGCUCCAUUCGAUUUAAUGAUGGAACUGAGUCGUUAUCCAAGUGAACAUAAAAUUCCAACCAAUAUGGCUGACAUAAAUGUAUGCAUUGGUAAAGAUUGGUAUCGUUAUCCAAAUUCAUUCUUUAUGCCCAACACGAAUUGGAACAUUCGAUUUAUUGAAUCAGAAUUCAAUGGUAUGUUACCAGCUCCAUAUAAUCCACCAUACAAUCAAUCGGCAACACGUAUCGUUCAUGAUUAUUUUAACGAUUUAAAUCGUGCAGAUACACGAUUAUAUUUUAAUAUAACUAAAUGUCAUUUCUUAUUAGAUUUAGAUUUAAAUCGAGUGACAACGAAAUUAGAACCAAAUUAUGUUGAACAGAAAACAAAAUGGCAGAUUAUUAAAAGUUUACCAUUUAUAAAUACGAUUAAAUCGCAUCCAUUGUUUCGUGCAUUCUAUGUGCCAUAUUUUAACGAUCAAUAUGUUGAAUAUGGACAAUUUUAUUUAUUACAAUCGAUUAAAAAUAAAAUUGUUACUGAUUCAGUUACGAAAUAAUUUCAGCGACUGCGAUUUACGGAGUCAAAAAAAAAACCGUGAAUACAUAUUAGUUUUUAACGAUUGACAUUAUAGUACAUAGACUGAGCAUCGCCUAGUGACAGGUGUGCUAACCACUGAGGUAAUUGCUUGGGUCAAUUAGGGAUAUUUAUCAAAAAAAUAUUCAUUGAAUGUCAAAUUUUCAUACAAUUACAAGUAUAACAACAAAACUUUGGUUUAGCAUUUCUACACCGCCGCCAUGAUAGAUUCAAGCCUAGCAAUUACCUCAGAUGUUGGCACACUUUAAAUCGUUUGACGCUCAGUCUAUGUAACUUAAUGGUCUAAGAUUCUACUACACCUUUCCACACACAAGAAACACAAAAAUGUAACUUAGCAUGUUUUCUUCCCCUAUGCCCUUUAUGUAUACAUCCCAAGUCCAAAGAUAAAGACAUUCCUGUCCUGUGUAAAAAUAAAGUUUUGUGAUUUAAGUUUUUUAAGUUCCUUUUUGUAAGUUUUUAUUGUUUGAUGUUAAU